AUGGAUGUUAUACCGUUAAUUGACAGUGUAAUUAAACAAGGCCUUACUGGUACUCAAAUUGAUGAAUUUGUACAGAAACAGUUAAAGCUUCAGAUAGAAUAUGACGAGGUCCGAAAGAAAGCAGACGAAGAAAGAGAAGAAAGAGUCGCAAAGCAUCAUAAUCCCAUUGUUGAUCCCUUAAGGUCUUCUUUGCCUAAAAUUCCACCAUUUGACGAGACCGUAGACGAAAUAGACUUGUACAUAGAUCGCUUUGAGAGAUUAGCGAAAUUUUACAAAUGGAAAGAAGAAAAUUAUUCAAUGUUAUUGGGAACUCUAUUGCGUGGUAGAGCUUUGAAAGUUUAUUGUAGCUUGUCCAGCGAUAUUGUCAAUAAUUUUGUUGCACCUAAGAAAGCUCUGCUUAAAGCUUUUCACAUUAAUUCUAAUGUAUAUCGAAGGAAGUUUAGAGAUUCUAUUAUUGAUACUGACGAAAGUUUUGUACAGUUCAAUUGUAAAUUGGGACAAUAUUUUGAUAAGUGGUGGGAACUAGCAAAUGUAGAGAAAAAUUAUGAAUCUGUUAGAGAUUUUAUGAUUUUUGAUCAAAUGUUAUCUAGUUGUUCUCAUGAUCUUCGUUCAUUUUUGCUAGAACAGUCAUUUCAGAAUUCGUGUCAACUUGCUGAGAGUGCAGAUAGAUAUCUAGUUACUCAUGGUAUGAAGAAAUGCCGUAAGAGUAAUGAUAAAAUUCACUCUAAACCUCAUGCUAAACCUCUUGCUGAUAAAAUUUCAAAUUCUCCUAAAGUUUCGAAUUCGGUAACUACAUCUGAUUCUAAUGUUAAAUGUCAUCAUUGUGGUGAAGUUGGUCAUAUUCGUCCUAAUUGCUCUGUGUACAAAUUAAAUAAGAAAUCUGAUAAAGUAGUGCCUAAAAUAGGUGUAGUACUUGGCCAUGAAGAAAAAUUGCAUAAUUGUGUAACUGAUACCGAUGGAAAGAUGUUUGAUCAGUCAGUUGAGAUAGUUUUUGAAACUGGGUGCAGUACAGUGGUCGUUAGAGAUACAUUAGUACCUUUAAAUUACCCUCGUGGCAGAAAAGUGAAAGUUUAUGACUAUCUUGGUAGACCUUUGUACCUAAAUACAGUGCAUACAAUUGUUGAGUCUAAAUUCUUUUCUGGUAAAGUUAAAGCUAUUGUUGCCCCCAUACGUUGCGCAGAUGUCAUUAUUGGUCUUAUACCUGGACUUAAACAUAAUGUUGAUGCAGGUUUAAGUUUAAUUCACGGUGAUGAGUUUGCUUCUGAUCGUAACGUUAACGUUAAUGUUGUAACGAGAGCAAAAGCUAAGAGUCAAGUAAAGGAACGUCCUAUGUCUAGUAACCUUGAAUCUUUGGAAAAGGAAUAUGGUCUUAAUUCUGAUGAAUUUAGGAAGUAUCAAAAUGAAUGUCCUUCACUUGCUAGUAUUCGUAAGUUGCUUGAUAACGAAGAAAGUGUAACCUUAAAAUGUCGGACAGUAAAGUACGUAAAUAUUGGAGAUUUAAUAUAUCGUAAGUGCAUUGAAAGUAGUAAACCUGAAGAUGUGGGAAAAUUACAGUUAGUUGUGCCAGUUCAGUACCGUAAUAUAAUCAUGAAGUUAGCACAUGAAUCUUUAUUGGCGGGACACUUUUCAUCUCGUAAGACUAUAGAUAAGAUCAUGCAGAAAUUCUAUUGGCCGAGGGCAAGCUUAGAUAUACAUAGAUUCUGUAAAUCUUGUCAUUCGUGUCAAAAGUUCAGCAGUAAACCAAAGAAAGUACCUUUAGUGCCAAUGCCCAUUGUAAAUGAUCCUUUUUCACGUAUUGCUAUUGAUCUAAUUGGUCCUAUCACUUCUUCUACUAAGAAAGGUCAUAAGUAUAUUCUUACGGUGAUAGAUAUGGCUACUCGAUAUCCCGAAGCAGUUGCUUUACCCAAUAUUGAUACAGUUUCUGUAGCUGAGGCAUUAAUGGAGAUAUUUUGUAGAGUUGGUAUACCCAAAGAAAUCCUUAGUGAUCGUGGCACUCAAUUCAAGUCUGAUCUCAUGUCUGAAAUUAAUAAAUUAUUAUGUAUCAAAGCCAUUUACACAAGUCCUUAUCAUGCAUCUUGUAACGGAAUGGUUGAACGUAUGAAUGGAACUUUGAAAAAUAUGCUAAAGAAAAUUUGUAUUGAUAACCCGAAUGAAUGGGAUGAAUAUAUUAAUGUUGCCUUAUUUGCAUAUCGUGAAAUUCCAAAUGAUAGUUUAAAGUUCAGUCCUUUUGAAUUGCUGUACGGUCGAAAUGUAAGAGGUCCAUUAUCUAUUUUGCAUGAAUUGGUAUCUAAUAACAGUAUUGAUGGAGAAUUAACUACUAGUUAUCAGUACAUAAUUAACCUUAGAGAUAAAUUGCAGAGCAUGGCUGAAGUUGCAGUAAAUAAUGCCAAGGUUAGUGCCAAGAAAUAUAAAGAGUAUUUUGAUAAGAGAACCUCCUCUCGUAAAUUCAAGGUUAAUGAUGAAGUUUUGGUUAUGCUUCCAAAUAGUUCAAAUAAAUUCCUUAUGCAAUGGAAAGGUCCAUAUGUAAUCACUGAUGUUCAUUCUAAUGGUGUUGAUUACUAUGUCAAAGUAGGAAAUAGAUUAAAGUUAUAUCAUGCAAAUAUGCUUAAAACUUAUCAUAGAAGAACUAAGAUUAGUGUAAUUCAACAAGAAGUAAAUGAUCUUGUAAAUUCAUCAAAUUUGUUUUCAGCUCUUCAAGCUGAAGUACAGCCUGUUAUUGCCGUUACUGACGAUAAUUGUUGUGAAUUGCCAUAA